AUGGAGCAAAUGAAGUUUGAAGAAGAUCCAGCUUAUCAGGUGUGCAUCUAACUUUCAAUUUAAUUUUUCACUUUUAACAAAUGAAACCUUCGCCUGGGAUGGUGGGUAACUUCUUUAACACCAACCAGAGCGCAUCUCAGUCCCCAGGCAGGGUUUCAGAAGAUCUUUGUUGUUCUAAAAGCAAGCUGUCCGACCACGCGACUAAUCUGACACAAAGAACAGUACAAUAACACAAAUUCCAAUCGCAUCACUAUUUCUUUAAGCAGUUGAAACUAGGUUAAAUUAAUUUUGGAGAAGAUUGGUUCUCGUCCAAACGCUCGCACAAUUUUGAGGACCGCUCAAAACAAGAGCGUCAUCAGUGCGGUAUUUUCAAUCUAGAGUCGAGCGAUUUACCUCCACCGGUCCUUAUCACCGCUCAGACAACUUCCUCUUGGAUACAUUUCGGUCGACUGAGUCACUUGUUUUUGGAAAAGACAUUAGAAUUGUAAACUAAUGCAGCUAUGAAGGACUCUUAUAUAGUUUACCACUGAUUCAGGUAUAAAAGUAAAUCAAAGAUAAACAGCUUCCUCGUCCAAUCAAGGAAGCGUAAAGGUAGUGUUUCCUUUAUUAAUCCCUCUGAUCAGUCCUCGAAUCUAAAAGUGUAAUAAACUUAGUCAAAGCAUUUUGUAUUCCCAACAGGAGGCUUGUAGGCGAUUGUUGUUCAGUGAUGGCACACGAACAGCUCUUGUUAUUAGCUCUCUGCUGACGCUUUUCCCCAUUGGAAUAAUUUCUUUGGUGUUUUGGAUUCUGGUAAGCACUCAGUUACAUUGUUGUUGUCAUUGGAAGCGCUGUUUUGAACAUUUUCUAGAAAAAUGUAUUUAUUUGUCUCGCUUAAUCAAUUACUUACUCACUCAAAAAUUAACCCACCCACUCAACUCGCCCAUACCCUCAGCCUGUUCAUCCAUCCAUCCAUCCAUCCAUCUUCUUUUCUGGGCAUAGUUAUAACGGAUGCAAAACUAAAUCUCUUUUUUUUUUCUUGUAGGCACGAAGGGCUGGGUCAAUGGGACGCAAGAAGAGGGAAGCAGAAAACUUUCACGAGGCCGAAAACAUGGCUCUGACGUCAAUUUCGUUUGGAUUGUGUGCCAUACUAACUAUUUUAAUCUGCAUUCCACAGUUAAAGGACGCAGGUGUCAACUGA